AUGGAACAUCAGAUUUCAUCGAUUUCCUUCAUUAAUUUUGCAUGUACUACUAUUAUUAUUACUCGUCUUAUUAAUGCUGAUACACCAAGUUUUGCGCAGACUACAUUUGAUCUCAGUCCCGAUCUGCCUAUUGAAUCUGUCAUUGAUUCAGCUCCAGAAUAUCAUGAAUUCAAUUCUGAUCACCGCAACAAUUCCAUAGGUUCACCAUCAUCUUUAUCUCACUUGGAACAACCAACUUACUCGCUUCAUACUCGUAAGAAUGAUGCAAAAUCUCAGGCUCUGUUCUAUAAACAAUUUCCAGCUUCACGGACACCUUUACCAUAUGCGGUAUUUCUUACACCCCUACCACAUCAUGUAUUUUCUUCUACUAUAGCUCCUUAUCACACUACUCUGUCACGACUUUCAUUUGUUGCAUCAUCUCCAUAUCCUCCAUUUUUCAUGCUUCCACAGUAUCCUGUGUUUUCAUCUACUUUUACAUUUGUUACUCCCCGUAUUCCUCAAAAUACUCACAAACAACGUUUCUCUCCACCUGCAUAUCAUGCAAAAAUUUAUUCUUCGCAGAUACGAAUACCACUGGCUAAAAAAGUGCCUGCAUCUUCAUAUAGCCGGCAUAGUAAUUCUCCUUCAUUAUGGUUUAACGAUUAUUACGAUAUUUCAAAUUGCUCGAGGAAUUAUCAAUGGAUUUCAUUGGAAUUCAGGAAAAAAUUUCCAAAAAGUACGACUCGAAGUGGAAAGGAUCAAAAUUUCUCUGAAAUUCUACGAAAGAGUCUCGAGAAUUGUGAGAAAAAAACAAAAUAUGAUCAUUGGGAAAAAAUUUCUAGUGUUAUACCAAAAAUCAAAUUAUCUUACAGUGAUAGAGAGGAUUGUCGAAAUGGUUUAGUACAAGAAAAGAUUGCUUGCAUAAAUCUCUUCUCAUACAGUUGUCAAUUUAUCGUCGAAAAAAUCAAAUUUCGCCUUGUUCCAACGCGUAAAAUAAUUCAAGAAAUACGUUUAAUAGAAGACGGAGAGGAGAAAUGUCAAAAAGCUAUUCGAAUUGCCAAAAAGAAACGUCUUUUUGGAUGA